CCAAAACCCUAACCCUCCCAAAACCCCAACCGUCUUCUCUCUCUGCUGCCAUGGCGGAUUCGGCGAUUUCAAUCGAGAAUUUGAAGGAUUUCGUCUACUCUCAGUUCCAAGACGAAGAGAAAUGGGCCACAAACGCGAAGCUGCUGCGUGCUGUUGGGCUGUUUGCUGGCUCCAUCUUUCUAAUGCGGAAUUUUGGCGACCUCAUGGCCAUUUGAAGGGAGAUGAGCAGUUUUUUAUAGUGAGUACUGUUUCUCAACGUUGAUGGGCUAUAGUUUACUUCAUUCUACUUUUUCUUUUUUAAUCGGCAAAAGAAAAUAAUGUUUACGGAUAUUAGUUUUUAGCAGCUUCUUGUGUGGAAUUCCGAAGAUUUUGCAUAUUUUGGGAUCAAGGAUUUUACUGCUUUCUUGGGCU